GAGAGAGAGAGAGAGAGAGACAGGAGGCCCUCAGCUGAUUGCCAUUCGCGGCUUCUCUCGUGACGUCAACAAUCAUUCCGCGAGGUCACAGAACAAAGCGGUACGCGUGUUGUCUGCAGUGUCUUGAGCAUGCUUUCUCGCCUGCUGCUUGGAGUGUGGGCGUGAGGGCGUGGGCGUGGGCGUGACUCCUAACUAAGUGGCUCCUGGCUGAGGACACUGCACCUCCCACCUAACAACCCCUUGACACCCAGGCUGGCGCUCUGUGGCACUAACCAUCUCCAGAAGUAAGCGGCAGGGCAGCAGCCUCCCUCUAUCCUCAAGGUGUUUUGCUCACGCCGGCCGUGAUUUGAAAAUGGCAUUAAUGGAAAAUUCUUCGUCCGCCCCAUGGGUUGAUGGUGAGCCUUCCUCCCUCCUGGUUCCCCCCUCCCCCAUUCCCCAGGGCCAGGGUCGGAGGUUCUUCCCGGGGCCUUUCACAUCACACCGCUGCCACCACCCUGACGUAGGAGCCAUGCACGGCCACACGAUUUCCAUGCGACUAGUUCCCUCCACCACCAGUGCAAUGGGGAUAUAUUCUCUGCGCCAGCUGCACCUCAGUCGGGCAAAACUCAAGGCCUCCAGCCGCACCUCGGCCUUGCUCUCUGGGUUUGCAAUGGUUGCUAUGGUGGAGGUGCAGUUCAUCGACAGCUGCAGGGAAGGCUCAGAAGAAAACACUGAGACAGACAAGUGUCCUGUGCCUCAGUGGCUGCUCGUUGCCUUCAGCUUGUGUACAACUCUACUGGUGGCAGUGCACUUGCUAGCACUCAUGAUUUCCACUUGUGUGUUGCCGCAUGUGGAGGCUGUGGCCAACAUAACACACGUGGACUCAAUGGCAAGCUUGCGCGGCACCACCACCACCGUAUCAGAGUCACCGCACAUCACCAUGCAUUGGUACAUUGAGGCUGCCUGGACCUUCUCCACCGUGCUGGGUAUCCUCCUCUUCCUGGUGGAGAUUGGCCUCCUCAGCUGGAUCAAGUUUCUGGGGUACUCUCAAAAUGCUGCUAUCGGCUCCACCGUGCUGCUGGUGCCCAUCGUGCUCUUGUUUACCCUGUUUGCUUUUCAUUUUUACUGGAAAUUAGUGGCCCAGAAGGUGGAGGAUGCAGACAAGACUUUACAGGAGCUGGAGGAACAGCUGAGAGUGAUGCAGCACACUGAGCGACAGCAGAAUGGUGCUCAGUCAGCAAUGCAAGUGGUGUGAAUAGUGCGACUUGUGAUGAGGAAAGAGGGAGGAGGACCGUAUUAAACUACAUGCAGUUGCUUCUCUUCAUAUGUGAUUUUGAACUAUACCUCUUCUAGAUGCUGUACAAGUUUUUAUCUGUGUUUUAUACCAGUGUGAUGCAAGUGACAUUUUCACUUUCAGAACUAAAAUAAUGAUGAAUGGUUUGUGUUGUGUGAUAGGAGAUGAAUUGUGCAAUUUAGUAGUAAGAUAAAUUUUUAUUGAGAUUUCUUGUUCACGGAAAUAAGAAUACAGUGGAGUGAGUGUGGUUGUCCAUCAACGGUAAUGGAAAUGAGUAAGUGUCGAGUGAGCUUGUGAAUGAUGAAUAUUGGAGGUUUAUUCUUGAUGUAGCAUAUUAGUUCCUACAUUUAUCACUUAGGCUUUAGAGAAUUGAUGAUGCUUUAAAAGUACUCAUACCAAGUCAUGACUUAAUAACAGAUUGCUUUUGAUUUCAACAUAAAAUGUGCCCCUAUGCAUUGGCUGCAUAGUUUAUUAUCUUGGCUGUGAAGAGGAGCCAUGUUUCUUCCCAGCUUCAUUUAUAUAGUUCCUGGUUUAGAAUUUUUUUUUAUCUAUACUUUUGAAUAAUGAAGACAUUUUAGGUGGCAUGUAUUUCACAACUGUCAUAAGCCCUUAGUAUGCCAAGUAUUGCAUCAAUAACAAAACUAUUCAUAAUUCAAAUUCCACACUUAAUCAAGUGGUUCCCAAUGAACAGACAUGAACAGAUGGACUCAUGCACAGUCCAUGUUAAGUAUUGCUAGACUGAUCAAGAUUACCAAAUCAGCAUGUGUUUGAGGUCUGAUAGUUUUCUUCUUCACUGCUACAUUGUGGUGAUUGUGGUGCUUGUAAUGAUGAGGACACAACGUGAUGAGCGAGGGUGAAGUGCUGAGGCCUGUUGGUAGUGCUGUCAAACUUAAGGAUAAGUAAUAGGUAGAGGAGAGUGGUUAGAGUAAGCAAAAUGACAUGUCUGGAUCACCAGCUUGUCCAGUCUAUUUAUAUACCAAACUGACAACCCCACAUGGGACAGCCCAGACAAAAUGACACACACACACACACACACACACACACACACACACACACACACACACACACACACACACACACACACACACACACACACACACACACACACACACACACACACACACUGAGCCCAGGCAGUUCCUGGUGGAAAGGGACAGUCCCAUGGCUUACUGUACUGCACACCACCAUCAUGUUGACAAUAAUUACCAGAACAAAUUUGUACUGUUAUGAAUUUUUGUCUUAGCAGAAAUGAUAACUUCAAUAUGCAGUAAAAGGAGACAUGGUGAUAUGACAGCUGAGGCUUACAGUAUUUCUUAUGAAGUAUUGCUCUUGCUUACUGGAGAUAUUUACUGGAUAACUAAAGUUUCUAGUUGACUGAAAAGUGUGUAGUUCUAAAUAUAAUGUUUUGUUGUCUGGUACAUAUUCACUUGUUACUUCUAGUGUUGUUAACGUAUUGGUAAUAUUCAUAUAUUUGUUGUUGAAUCUCUAAAUGAACAUGUUAAUUGUGCUAGUUUUAAGUCAGAAAUAAUGUUGGGGUUACAGAUACUUGGGGCAUAGGUUUUGCAAGACAAUCAGAAGAAAAUUUGAGUAGCCUUUCUGUAUUGUGUUAGCAGGUGAGUGUUGAGUGUUGAUGGUCACAGGGUAGUGUGCAGAACCUUCCCACUGGUUGCUGGUUCAGUCCAUCCCUUAAGGCACUGCUGGCAAAGUUGGCACAGCUCACUUUCAUGUAUCACCACCAGCUGGCUUCUUUUGGCCAAUGACAGGCUUGUUUGCUUUUUAAUACAUUGUACUUGGAAUAUUUAUUACUUCAACACUUACGCCUCAACUGUUUUGGGAAGUUAAAUAUUGUGUGAUGUUAUUAAUGUGGAAAAUACAUUUUGUCUGCCUUACAGGUAACAUAACAGUUUUCUAUGAACUUUGUAUUAUACUCCUUACUUCUGAAUCUCCACACUCAUACUGAAAAUGGGCAUUGGUGUCCUGUUCUCAUGUGUGCAUGUCGUGUAUUUAUAUGGAAGAAAAUGAGGUGUUAAAGGGAGCUAUCACUAGUACUGGCAUGCCACAGUGAAGUGAGAACCUUCGUUUGUUAACAUUGACUUCUCUCUGUUUGGUCACGAUGGUGUGGCAUAUGCAGACCGCAGUACAUGUUAGGGUUGUCCAGUGUAGGACCAUGUUUUAUAUUCUUGAGGCAGGGAAGGUUCAUGUGUGAGUCUUCAGUUGAAGGAAGUGUUGACCAUGGAGUACAAUUUAGCAAUAUGUUAUUUAAAAUUAUCAAGUACAUGGUGUGAAGUGUAUUAUCUUGUGUGAAGGAAACCUGUUCUGUGUGACUCUGUUUUCUGUUUGUCAUGAUUGGCAAGGUCUAUCCAUGUGUGUUGAUAAACUGUCAUCAUGUAGCAUUGUCAGUACUCACCACCAGUGUGCAUGUACCAUUAUUUAGUCCCUUUAUUCUUAGUUAUUUGCCUGAUAUAUUUACAUUUUACAACAGUGUCACCUGACUGUCUGGACAAUGCUUUCGUGUUUCAGUCUGUACUGUUUGCUAUUCACUACUCAUGCUAACUGUACUGUUCUACAUGAGGGCCUUAGUGAUAGAGUUGGUAAAGCACCACAAGGCAUCUUAGUAGCACACAAAAUGCAAUGAAUUUUAAACCAUUGCAUUUUUUUGUUUUUUGCCUAUUAUUUAUCUAUUUUUGAAUUUCAUUUUAUUGUAUUUAUUUAUUUAACCAUAUACAAGAUUUAACCUAGCUUCAUUUUUAGAUUGUAUCUUUAAAGAACAAAAUUUCACUUUUCCACAGUGGCAUUUGAGUUGAAGCAUUUGUCAGUCUGGCACCAAGUAGGUGUGUUGUGUGGCAGAUGUUACACUCUUCAAACAAGAGAAAGGCAACUCCUCCCUGUGUGACAGAGAGGAGGUAACCAGUCUUGAUGGGAUUUAUAACUCUAUUGUCAUUCAUCUUUCUUGCAUUCUUGUGUUGGAGUUCAUUCCCAGAUAGAUAAGUAGUAGGUUGUAAAACAGUAAAAUGUUUUAACAUCAUCUCUAAAAUCAGUUAGGUAAGAUGGUGCUUGGCCUUCUCUUCAGUUAUGGGAUUUGUAAUAUUAUGUCAUUAUAAUUUGUGUGUGUGUGUGUGUGUGUGUGUGUGGAAGGUUUUGAAGUUGUCCAUCAAUGAAACUUGUUGCUUCCCCCAUCUGUUAGUAUAUACACACCUAUGUAUUAUAGUUUGUCUUGCUUUACAUACAUUUUGACUACCCAGUGUAUAACUACAUAUGUACUACUGCUGUAUUAUGAUACAGGUUGACAAGGAACAACUAUGUAAUUCCCUGUUUUAAUUUGAAUUUCCUACAGUGGUGGUAAAAAACAAUAACAUGUUUGAAAUUUCUUACUACCUUAAUAAGAAGUAUUUUCAUGCCACUUGAGGCACACCUCUUA